CAAUUAUUUUGGUUUGGCUUCCACCUCGCCUGGUUGCUUGUAAAUUUUAAAGAACAUUUGAUGAUGAUCAUCUGCUUAUUUGAUAAAUUGACGUGGUAAACAUGUCUCAUAGUAGUUUCCACAAUUCCAAAGACAGUUUCGUGAGGGAGAGACAAAUACUGGAACCCGAAGCCAGCUCCGAGGAUCAUAUUGUGAAACGGUCGCAAUCUGGACGGCAAAUUAAAGAAUUAAAUCUUAAUCUGAGAAAAUGUCAAAGCGUAGAUGGAUCUGUAAAAAAAUUGCAUAAAAGAAGGCGCAGGGUGAGGCCACGAAGCCUGAAGGUGCCACAGGUGCCCGAGAAAAUUGUUAAUAUUGUGAAUAUCCUACAGCACGAAAACUUCUUGGAAGUGGUCGACCGAUUCUUCAAGCCCAAGGUUACUAAGCAACCGUGAAGAAGAAUCGUGGUCUAUUAAGUCCAAUAUGAGGGAAAAAUUGUCAUUGUAUAAUUAAGUUAUAACAAUUUGUAACUUUGUCCUUCAAA